AAAAAUGAGAAUGCAAAAAACUAAAAACAUAACUAGAAAUGGGCGGGGAUUAUGACGUAUGCAUGUUUUCAAUAAGGAAGUUGGAGAGCCCCGGUAGUUCCCCUUCACUUUAACACAACCAAAUGACAGUUUCUAACAAACCUGAACAUUUUGCUGUCAAACGGUUUAUAGACUAAACAUUUACUACUUUUAAGUCUCUGGGGUUGAAAUUAUAUUAAUACAUUUUAACCGGACCAAGUUUCUCACCGGAAGCGGCGACGAACAGAGCAAAAGAGAUGAUGGACGGGACUCACCUGACGGAAGAUGAAAUGGCUGAUAUAAAGAAAGAAGCCAUAGAGAGAUUGCGGCCAUACCUGGUUGAUAAGAUCAUUGCAGAGCGGCAUUUCGAUUACUUGCGCUCGAAGAAAAUCCUGACCCGAGAGGACACAGAGGAGAUCAGCUGCAGGACCACAAGAGGAAAACGGACCAGCAAGCUCCUGGACAUCCUCGCAGAAAACCCACGAGGUUUAGACAUGCUUAUUGAGUCGAUUAAAUGGGGCCGGACGCUCAACUUCAUCAUCGCAAAGAUUACAGACGAGGUGCAGCGUGUGAAAAAUGAACGUCUGGAAGCUCUCAAAGCAGCCGGAUCUUCGGCCAGCUCCAUCUAUACCGGCACGAAAGCAGCCACAAAUGACCUCUCCAAGACGGACAUGGACUAUGACAAAUACUCCACUAUGUGUUACCACCCUGAAGGGGAAGCAAGUCCGUCCUGUUCUGUUGCCACGGGAUCCCUAAAUCUGCGCUACGGAUCCGGCCGAGGAAAUGAAGCUUUGUCGGGCUGUGGAGCUACUGGAAGUAUGAAUGUUUCCUCUACCACAUCAUCAUGCCUGCCCAAACCUGGUGACCCUGGAGCUCCACCACUUCCAGAAGAAUCGGAUGCUGAAGUUCAAGAUAUAGACACCGGGGUCUGUGGGAGUACGGGAAGUAGCAGCGAUGUGAAUUUCCAGCCGUUACGCUCCCGUUCUCUGUCUCCACAAGUGCCGUAGCGUAACUUUAAACCCGAGUCACCUACAUUCAAUUCAGUGUGAGAUUCUGAACAUUUGCCAAACCAACAGUUUGUUAUUUUAAAUGUCAUCAUUUAAAGCAUCACCGUUAUCAUGAUGUGCUGUGUAUUAUACCAAACCUGAGUUGAAGGGUUUUUGAAAUAACAUUUAUACCCUAGUAAAAAAAUAUUUUAAAAUGGGUCCCAAGCUCUCCGUGGGGCAGUACCCUUCAAAAAUGGUCCUAUACCAUUAAGGUACAGAUAUGUACACAUAUAAAUAAGGUACUAAUAUGAACUCUUUUGGUGCAAAUGUGUAUUUUUAUAAAGGGUUCCAGCUAGGGACCAUUUUUUUUCUGACAGUGUAGCAAUAAAAAUAUGGACAUUUAUUUUUUCUCUUAUUUGAGGACUCAAUUAUAUGAUAUUUUUGUAAAUGUAGGUCUUCACAUACAGUAUGCAUACAGGUAUGUCUAAAGGUUCAUCCACACAUACAGCAAUUUGCAGCAACAACGUUAAGAUUUUUUAACCAGUAUACCGUUUACCAGUAAUAAUAAUGCAAAUGUUGUAAACACCUUUUAUGUCCCCUGUAUUUUGUUUAUUUCAGUUCUUGUCUGACUCUGACAAGAAGCGGCAAAAAUCUUCAUUACAUUGAAAACAAGGCAGUUCUCAAGCACAUUUCUUAGUAGUUGUCACUGGAUUUCAUGUUUAAAUGUUUAAACAUUAAAAAAGAUUGUCAUUUAUUUUUAUUUAUUUUUAUUGCUUACUGUUGCGUAGUCAUCUGAUCGCCCAUCAUACAUACAUUGUAAUUGACUUUAUUUGUGCAUGACACCAUUAUUACAUUUAUAAGUGGUCCUAUGUUUGUGUUUUUGUAUGGUCAACCUUUUUAUGUUGCUAAUAUCUAAAACACUGUUGACUACUUUCAAAAUUUAAAGGGACAAUUCACACAAAAAUGAAAAUUCUGUCAUCAUUUACUCUCCCUCAAGUUGUUACAAUUUGCAUACAUUUUCUUGGUUCUGCUGAACACAAAUGAAAAUAUUGUGAUGCAUGUUUGUAACCAAGCAGAUCUGGGGCACCAUUCAAGAUUGAAGUUUUUUUUUGUCAAUGCCACCUUACUGUAUGUGCAGACAUACAAACCGUUUCUCUUCUCUCUCAACAAAUGUUUACAUUGUCAGUGCAAUAUAGAAAGUACAGACUUCUAUUAUAUUGUUUUGUUCCUACUGUGGAAGCCAAUGGUGCCCCAGAUAUGCUUAAGUGGUUUGAUUGCAAAAUAUGUUCAAAAUUUACAACUUAAGGGAGAGAAAAUGAUGACAAAAUUUGUUACCUAUCCCUUUGAUUGUUUGAAUAUGUGAAGCAUUGUGUCUGUGCAGACAAAUGUGCAAAAAUCAAAAGGAAAUCUAUAGGGAGCGUCUUUAUGAUGGCAGCGAGUAUAUGAUCGUGCAUGUUCUAGGAAAUGUGCAGCAUUCAACAUAAGGCAAGUAGAAAGUAGCAAAGCUAGACAGCUUUGUUUUCAUAAUCAAAUUUACAUUCAGUAAUGAAAUCCUAGUAAACAAAUAUGUACUGUCACUGUGUUUAUAUAGUGUUAUGUCAACAUAAUGUAAAAGUCAUAAAACUCAUCAUAACAACAGUGCCACAAUUGUAUUCACUUCUGCAACCAGACUUACAAUGUGUUACUGUAUUCAUGAAUGAUUAUCUGUACACACAUUGCUGGUGAAUGAGGAACUUUACAGAACAUUACAGAAAUUUCAUACCUCAGUCUGACAGCCAAAUAAACUGCAUGUAUAGGUUUCUAUGUGCACAAUAUGCUGUAACUGACAGGGGGAAGCACUUCAGAGAGUCAACUUAAAAUAUGUUUAAGCUUUUAAGAAAUAAGUUUACAUUUAUUUGCAUACUUUUAUACAUAUUUCACAAUGUUACUAAAAGGGGUCGUUAAAUGUGUUUGUGUUAAAAUUAAAUUCAACCAGCUACCCAUGAUUGUAAAAAAGCAAAUUGUUAUGAAACUAUUUUUGUUUUAAAUAAAGUGUCAGAUCUAAAUUUCAA